CGUAAGCCUAGACUUGAAGCUCCAGUAUAAUGUGGCAAGCAGGACUCUCCGCACUGACAUCCUUCUUUUACGGAUGCUUUCCUCGUGGCCCGAUAUCAUUUGCGAAAGUGGGAUGCUCUUCUCGCAGUAGCCGCCCCCACUUCAUCCGAAGUCGCUGGCCGUCCGGAGGUUCGUCGACCGAGGUCGAGUAGUAUGUGGAAGACAUAGAAUGGUCAGAGAUGUAGCGGGGGAGCCCCUGCCCCUCCGACUGCCGUCCCCGUUUUGUCGUAAGACGACUAGAUAGGUCCGGCAUAAACCAUAUUGCUAUCCCGCUUGCCUAGGUAGAAUGGGAUCCAACCCGCAGAAGAGUCUCCUUGACGUGUUGCGGUCGCAAACCGCAGUGGACUGUGACACGUUCGAUGUCGAGGUUCCGAAGAAGCUCAGUCCGUUCGUAGACUGUACUUCGAACCAGGCUAUUGCGUAUGGCGAAUUGACACGCCUCGGCGAAGAUGGAAACCCGGUGCACGCUCAGUUGAUCCAAGAUGCCGUCAAUUUUGCAUCAUCGAAGAGCUCGGCAUAUCCGGGCGUGUCUGUUGCCGAGCUGGCGGUAGAGACGAUGAUGGUCAAGCUGGCUCUCAGAAUAGUGCCCUACUUGAAAGGUUACUCUCAUAUCCAGACAAACCCGAAGUAUUCUUACGACAAGCAAAAGACUAUAGAGAACGGCAAACGAAUUGUAGCAAUAUUCAAGGCUCUCGACCCGGAGUACGAUUCUCGCAGGGUUUGCAUCAAGAUACCGUCUACCUGGGAAGGCAUGCAAGCAUGUCGCGAAUUAGAGAGCCAAGGUAUAGCCACGUUGGCGACGACGAUGUUCUGCCUUGAACAGGCCUCUCUAGCCGCUCAUGUGGGUUGCACUUAUAUCGCACCAUACAUCAACGAGCUACGGGUGCAUUUCGACGAGGGUUAUGUCGACCAGCACAAGGCAUUCGAUUUCUGCGGUGCCGCACAGCGAUAUUAUGAGAAGAUCGGAAGCAAGACGCAGGUAUUGCCGGCGAGUUUGACGUCCAUCCAGGAGGUCAUGAAGUUGUCUGGCGUUCAUCACAUCACGGUGGCGCCGCACCUGUUGACUCAAUUGGCGGAGACUCCGGCCGAUCCGUGGGACGGAGAGAUUGGGAGCGUCUUGAAGGGAGGGAAAGAGGAGGUGCUGGGCGAUUAUGGAAGCAUUGUAGAGAAUGAGAGCGCCUGGCGUUUAGCCUUUACUCGAAGUCAGGACGGCAAGUCUGAGGGCAAAAUCAUUCAGGCUAUCAACAUCUUCUGCGAUAAACAGGAGGGUCUAGAGGGCUUGGUUAAGUGAUAGAUAAUGGGUAAUGAAUGCCAACAAUCUCAUUAGUGUUGACGGCAACGAACUGUAGCUUACCUAGUUGGGUACUAUGUAUAUGAAAAAAAAGUG